AUGGAAUAAUCAGAGCCAAUCCCAGAAGAUCCUAAAAUGCUACUAUUGACAAUGGAAUUGAAUAAAAUGGCAUAUGAGAGAUAAAUUAUCAAAUCCAAAGAUGAAAUUUAGAAGAAUUAUAAUAAUUCUAAUAAAGAUAAUCAAUACAUUAAAGAAUAAGAAAAAUAAAUAAAACAGCUUAAAGAAGCCCUGAAUCAAAAGGAUUCAAUCUUAGAAUAGCGAGUUCAAGAACUGAACCAAGAAAAACAAAAAAAUCAACAACUCUAAAAAUAAAUUGAUAGUAUUUCCAUUUAAAUUUAAUCGAAAAAAGAACAUAAAUAUUAGUUAUUAAUAGAUCAAAAAUUGAUUCAAUAGUUAUCGUAGUAAAAAUAACAAACCUAAAAUUGUCAAGUCUCACCCCUAUUGUCGACAGUUAAACAAAAAGGAAACCCAAACUAUAUAUAAAAUCCAAAUUAGCUACCGUAAUAGCCUCCCUUAAUUUAAUAAUAAUAUUAAUCGUAUUCAUACCAAUAACAAUAACAAUAAUACAAACCUUCAUUGUCUAAGCAUAUAAGUAAUCAAUAGUAGUAGGUUUAUUAGCCUCAAUAACACUAAUAUCUGUAAUAGUAAUAACCUAUGUAUUCAAAUAUAUAAAAAAUUUAUUAUGGAAGAAAUUGA